AUGUUCAGGGAGGGAGUUCCAGAUGUGGGGGGCAGCGGAGCAGAAGGCUCGGUCUCCCAUGGUGUGAAGUCGUGUGCGGGGCUGAUGGAGGAGGUUUAUGCUUUGGGAGCGAAGGUUGCGGAUCUGAGUCCUGCAGUGUUGAACUCACAGGACUAUAAACCUUCUCAGUUCACUGGAGGAUCAGCUGACCAUGCAAAGCCUCCUCUCUAUGGAAAUGAUUUCUCUGCUCUCAACAGACUGAAGCCAACCAUUUUAUUUUUGCAGUUUUAUCCUAAAAACAGAGUGUUUUCAGAGGAUAGAUGUUUGUUCACAGUGCAGGAGGUUUUUGUACGGCCGCUUAAUGAGUUUGUAUCACUGUGGUACACUUUUGGUGGAGGAACCAAACUCAUCGUUGACUUGGGUGUGGUGCGGCCCACCCUGAGCGUCCUCCCCCCCUCCAGAGAGCAGCUGCAGCAGGGCAGUGCCACACUGGUGUGUCUGGCCAGCGGGGGCUUCCCCUCAGCCUGGAGGCUGGGCUGGAAGGUGGGGGGCAGCAGCCUCUCCUCAGGGGAGUCACACAGCCUGGAGGCCCUGGGGAGGGACGGCCACUACAGCUGGAGCAGCACCCUGAUCCUCCCUGCAGACCAGUGGAGGAAGGCGGGCUCAGUGAGCUGUGAGGCCAGUCUGAAUGGACAGAGCCCUGUCACUCAAAGCCUGGACCCUGAGCGCUGCUCAGAGUAGAGCUUCAGCAACACUUCCUGUCUGGAAAUGAUGCUGCUUCUUUCAUAGAGAUCUUCAUCAAGCUACAGAUCUCCUCUCUUCACAUAUUUCUGCACGUUUCACAGCUCUCUGCUCAGUGUUUUAGUGUGCAUGUUGCUUUCUCAUACUGAUCUUCUGCAUGUUCUUCUUCAUCAUCAUUAAAA